AUGAAGGUUUUCGUGAAGACUCUCAAAGGCACUCACUUCGAAAUCGAAGUGAAGCCGAAAGACACGGUUUCUGACGUGAAGAGAAGUAUAGAAACUGUUCAGGGUGCAGAUGUCUAUCCUGCUGCACAGCAAAUGCUAAUUCACCAAGGAAAAGUUCUGAAGGAUGCUACUACCUUGGAGGAGAAUAAUGUAGCUGAAAAUAGUUUCAUUGUAAUCAUGCUAUCAAAGAAUAAGAGCACAUCUGGUGAAGGAUCCACUACUUCAACUGCACCAUCAGCUAAGGCACCCCAGACUAGUGCUCCUCCUACUUCAACCCCGCCAGUGUUAGCAGCAACUCAAGUUCCAGCUGCAACUGAUGCACCGCCUGCAACUGUUGCUGCACCUGUAUCUUCUCCUUCUCCAGCUCCAGCUCCAGCUCCAGCUCCUGCUUCAAUUCCUGCAGGGACUGCUGUGGAGGAGUCUGAUAUCUAUGGGCAGGCUGCAUCCAAUCUGGUUGCUGGAAGCAACUUGGAGGGAACAAUUCAGCAAAUUGUUGAUAUGGGUGGAGGGAGCUGGGACAGGGAUACUGUUGUCCGCGCUCUUCGAGCUGCCUAUAACAACCCUGAGAGAGCUGUUGAAUAUUUGUAUACAGGUAUCCCUGAGCAAGCCGAGGCUCCACUUGUAGCUCGAACACCUGCAGGUGCUCAACCAGCAAAUCCUCCUGCUGCUGCUGCUCCACAAACAGCACAACCUGCUCCAGUUACCUCAACUGGACCUAAUGCUAAUCCUUUAGACCUUUUUCCCCAGGGCCUUCCCAAUAUGGGUUCUGGUGCUGCUGGUGCUGGCUCAUUGGAUUUUCUACGGAACAGUCAACAAUUCCAAGCCCUGCGAGCUAUGGUGCAGGCCAAUCCACAAAUAUUGCAGCCUAUGCUACAAGAGCUUGGCAAACAAAAUCCUCAUCUUAUGAGAUUGAUUCGAGAUCAUCAAGCUGAUUUCCUUCGUCUAAUAAAUGAACCUGUGGAAGGUGGUGAAGGGAAUAUAUUGGGGCAGCUGGCUGGUGGCAUGCCACAAGCGGUGACUGUCACCCCUGAGGAGCGCCAAGCAAUUGAGCGUCUUGAAGCAAUGGGUUUUGAUCGUGCAAUCGUCUUGGAGGUCUUCUUCGCUUGUAACAAAAAUGAGGAAUUGGCUGCCAACUACCUUUUAGAUCACAUGCACGAGUUCGAUGAACAAUAG